CCGCGCCCGCCGCCGUGCUCUGUAUGCCGCGUUCUCCCGGCGCAGCCGCCGCCGAUAGUCUGAGCCGGAGGAGCCGCCGCCGCCGCGGUUAAUGUGGUUGGGUCGGGGCUGAGCAGGCCACCAAGAUGCCUCAGUCCAAGUCCCGGAAGAUCGCCAUCCUGGGCUACCGGUCUGUGGGAAAGUCCUCAUUGACAAUUCAGUUUGUUGAAGGCCAAUUUGUUGAUUCCUACGAUCCAACCAUAGAGAACACGUUCACCAAGUUGAUCACGGUAAAUGGUCAAGAGUAUCAUCUUCAGCUUGUAGACACAGCGGGGCAGGAUGAAUAUUCCAUUUUUCCUCAGACAUACUCCAUAGAUAUUAAUGGUUAUAUUCUUGUGUAUUCUGUUACAUCAAUCAAAAGUUUUGAAGUAAUUAAAGUUAUCCAUGGCAAGUUGUUGGAUAUGGUGGGGAAAGUGCAGAUACCUAUUAUGUUGGUUGGAAAUAAGAAGGACCUGCAUAUGGAAAGGGUGAUCAGCUAUGAAGAAGGAAAGGCUUUGGCAGAAUCUUGGAAUGCAGCUUUUUUGGAAUCUUCUGCUAAAGAAAAUCAAACUGCUGUUGAUGUUUUUAAAAGGAUAAUUUUGGAAGCAGAAAAGAUUGAUGGAGCAGCUUCACAAGGAAAGUCUUCGUGCUCGGUGAUGUGACAAUUCUGCUGCAGAGCCUGCGGACACUGGGGAUAUAUUCCACCUGAGGAAGCAAACUGCCCGUCAUCCUUGAAGAUAAAACUAUGCUUCUGUUUUCUUCUGUUAACCUGAAAGAUGUCAUUUGGGUCAGGGGUCCUCCCCUUUCAGAUUAUGUUAACGUCUGACUCUGUCCAAAUGAGUUCACCUCCAUUUUCAAAUUUUAAACAAUCAUAUUUUCAAUUUAUAUAUUGUAUUUCUUAAUAUUAUGACCAAGAAUUUUAUCGGCAUUAAUUUUUUCAGUGUAGUUUGUUGUUUAAAAUAAUGUAAUCAUCAAAAUGAUACACAUGUUACACUACUAUUAACUAGGCUUCAAUAUAUCAGUGUUUAUUUCAUUGUGUUAAAUGUAUACUUGUAAAUAAAAUAGCUGCAAACCUUAAGCCUUUGAGCUACUUGGUGUGGUUUUUAAACCAGGAACCAUGUUAGGAUGGGGCAUGGGCGUGCACAUCGUUUGUUUUUGUUUUGUUUGCUUUUUCGAGACAGGGUUUCUCUAUGUAACAGCACUGGCUGUCCUGGAACCCACUCUGUAGACCAGGCUGUCCUCGAACUCGAGAUUUGCCUGCCUCUGCCUCCCAAGUGCUGGGAUUAAAGGCGUGCACCACCACUGCCUGGCUGUACAGUGUUCCCUGGUUCUAUUAACCCCGGCUCUUUUACCUCACUUGGCCCCAACACCUCCCUCUUACAUUUUCACAUUCUCUCCUGCAUCCAGUUAUUGCCUCCUGUUGGCAUGUUAGUUCAUCUGGUCUCUAUCUUCCGUGUUAACUGCAGUGGCCAUGUCAUGCCUAGUAAACAGUAUUUUACUGCA